AUGUCACCAUUAACAACGCCAGAGCUUGUUGCUAGUGUAUCUAAUGCAGGUGGUAUGGGUACAAUAGCUGGGGCACGAAUGAGUAGUGAAGAAUUAAAAGAUGAAAUACAUCAUGUACGUUCAUUAACUAAUAAACUAUUUGGUGUUAAUCUAUUUAUUCCAUCAAUACAAUCUGACAUCUUACCUCACGAAAUUGAUUCUGUACGAAAAGAAUUAAAAAAGUUAAUAGUCAAUAAAAGAUUAAAAAAUUUUAGCAUUGACAUAGAUUCAAUUCCAGUAAAGUUAACUAAAGAUAUUUUUUCAGAACAGAUUGAAAUUGUUCUAAGUGAAAAAGUAUCGGUACUUUCGUUUACAUUCGGAUGUCUAUCAGAUGAUAUUAUAAACAAGUGUAAACAAUUGGGCAUAAAAUUAAUUGGAACAGCAACAACAACAAAAGAAGCUGUCUUCUUACAACAUAGAGGAUGCGAUGCAAUAUGUUUACAAGGUUCGGAAGCUGGUGGUCAUCGAGGUAGUUUUCUUACAAAUGAUAUUGAAACUAUUGAACAAUCUACUAUUGGAUUACAAUCUCUUCUUUCUCAAACAACACAAUUUAUUGAUCCAACUGUAUAUCCAUUGAUUGCUGCUGGUGGAAUUAUGGAUGGUAUCGGUUUAGCUAAUGCAAUAAGGUCAGGUGCUUCAGGUGUUCAGAUGGGUACUCGAUUUUUAACAUGUGAUGAAAGUAUUAAACUUGUUCCUGAGGCACAUAGAAAACUGUUACUUGAAGCUAAAAAUGAUAUUAAUAAUCUUCGUCCAACUGUGUUAACACGUGCUUAUACUGGAAAACCAGCACGUGGUAUACAAACAGCUAUUACUGAUCAUUUUCGUGCUAGUGAAAAUAAAGAAAAAGUUCUGUUACCAUGGCAAAUACAAUCACAACUUUUAUUACCUGUAUGUAAAUUUGCUGCUGAAACAAAACAAAUUGAUUUUAUGCAAUUAUGGGCUGGACAGAAUUAUGCGAGAUGUGAAAAUCAAUCAGCAACGACUAUUGUUAAUCAAACUAUUGAACAAGCUUGUAAAAUACUGGCUAUGAAUUAA